AUGUCGCGCGGCAUUGAUUAUCUCCUCCUCUGCGUCGCGCUGUGGUUCAGCGGCGUCUUGGCGCAGGCCUCUGUGACCACUGCAAAUAUAUUCAUACCCUUCGCUGCUGAUAACGGCGCGCUUCAGUCCGCCCUACGCGCCAGCGUCAUCUCGACGAAAGACAAGAGCACCGUCUUUGUUGCGACCUGCACUUCGGGCCCAUGCACCGCGCUCCCCGGCGGAUCGGGCACCUUGACAUUUACGGCUGGCCCUGAGACAUUCAUCUACACGACGGCGCCGAACCCCCAAAGUACCGUGGACAUCAGAUGCACGUUCAAGGACUGCCUCACGAAGCCCGACAUCGAAUGCACCCGUACCGACGUCUCCUCCGGCUCCACGAAGAGCACCACGACCAAGACCGAGAGCACCAACCUCAUGACCCUCACGCUGAACCACCAAGUGCCGUCUCCCACCCAGUCCAAGUGCACGGAUAAAAAGAAAAAGGUGGCAGAUAGUGCAAAGUCCAAGGUGAAGUCCAAGGUGAAGUCGGAGGGCGCGACGGAUCGGAUGGCUAAUUUGGCACUCGUGUCCAUGAUGGCGAUUGCUGCCGUGGUGGGAGGGUUGGCCGUGGUCCUGUAA